GAGAAGGACCCCGGGACCCACCAAAGUUUGUGCUCCACUGAAUCCCCACAUCCAGUGCCUAUGUCCUGCCACAGUCGCCACCAUGCCCAAGAGAAAGAAUGAAGGGGAUGCUAAAGGACAUAAAGCCAAGGUGAAGGAUGAGCCACAGAGAAGAUGUGCAAGAUUUCCUGCUAAACCUGCUCCUCCAAAGCCAGAGCCCAAAUCUAAAAAGGCCCCUGCACAAAAGGGAGAGAAGGUACCCAAAGGGAAAAAGGGGAAAGCUGAUGCUGGCAAGGAUGGGGAUGGCCCUACAGAAAACAGAGAUGCCAAAACAGACCAGGCAUAG